UCCAAUAGUGUUCAAGGGGAGUAUCGUGGAAUCUUAUAAUCAGUAAUUCCCUUUAUUUACUAAUUAUAUUUAAAUUAUUUUACAAUAUCCAUAAAAAUCGUUCAAGGUAUAGCAGUGUUCAUGAAAGUAAAGGAAGCAAAAGAUUAUAAUUUUGAUUUUAGUCUUAUACCUUCCACCUGGCGGGUGAAUCCAAUGUAAUGAACUCGUCCAAACAAGCUUAGAAGAUUUUAAAGCAGCCAGUCGCCAAUCGGUCAUCGUGCUGGGAAGUUGUAGCAGAAUGUGUCACAAUUUUCACUUGAUGAAUUCUAGUGCAAAUUUGGUUUUUCCUUGUGAAAAUUUAGCAGUUUUGCUAGAAGACAAAGUUGUGCCAUCAGAAUACCAGAAAAUUUCAGUUUGUGUACAUGAAGAGGCUCUUUUAAGCCGUCUCGAUGUAAUUUGAAAUGAAACGGCUGCGCGUGGAUGAGCAAGCAGUGAAGGAAGCAAGUAGUAGCAGUAUAAUAGCUGGUAGCGCUGUACUUAGCGUCGUCGGUGCUGGCGCUAGUAGCGCUGCUCCCCCGUUGUCAAUAGUAGCUGAUAGGAAUUUAUCGGGUCCUGUACCAGGCGUGCUGUACCAGCGACACCCUCCGCAUCAGCAGCAGUUGCCCAGUCAUCAUCAUCAGCAGUCUUAUCCUCCGCAGGUGGUAGCCACAGCGGGGACAGUGGCCGCAGCGGCGGUCGUCCAGCAUCCUCCGCCAGCGGCCGUCAAAGUCGUCAGCGAAGGCAUGCAAUCGGCCGGAUUAUAUCCGCCGGCGCCUCCCGUCGGAUACGGGCCGCCAAACACACAUACAGUUAAAACAUCCCAGGUGAUGCCUCUUUCAGUGAGCGGUCACUCUCAACUUCGCGGUAGUGGUGGUUCACCACCUCAGGGAAUGCAGGAGCCUUCCCAACCGUCGCAGCUGCCCCAACAACAGUCUCCAGGUAGCAGUAAUUUUCAAAGGCUCAAAGUUGAAGAUGCCCUCUCCUAUUUAGACCUUGUCAAGUUUAAAUUUGGUGCCAAACCACAGGUGUACAAUGAUUUCCUAGAUAUAAUGAAGGAGUUUAAAAGUCAGAGCAUUGACACGCCAGGUGUGAUACAGCGAGUGUCAAACCUUUUCAAAGGUUUCCCUGAACUGAUUGUUGGCUUCAAUACAUUCCUUCCGCCCGGCUACAAGAUUGAAGUGCAGAAGAAUGAUCAAGGGUAUGCUUUUCAGGUAUCUGUCAGCAUGCCAAGUCCUACAGGCACCAUCAACUCGGAUCCUCAAAGGUCCGCCAUGAUCCUGAAAGGUUCCGGCACAAUCAACAUGUCGGGCGGCGGUCAACCGCAACCUGCUCCACCUCAACCGCCCACCGGCGCAUCAGUCGCCACCCAGCUGCCAUUGGCGCAGCAACUGCAACACGUGCCGCCCCCUCAGACGGUGCAGCCUUCCCCCACAACUACCGCAACGGGGCCGGGCCACCCGCAUACGACCGGGAGCGGCUACGGUGGUGGUACCAGUGGAGGCGGCGGCAGCAGCUAUGGGUCGUUGACACUGAGCGCCGCCCACGCUGCGGUGACGCAUGCUCUGCAAGGCAAUACGGACGCGCCUCAGAAUCAGCCAGUUGAAUUUAACCAUGCCAUCAAUUAUGUCAACAAGAUUAAGAAUCGUUUCCAAGGACAACCAGAAAAAUACAAGAAGUUCCUGGAGAUUCUCCAUACAUACCAAAAAGAACAGCGAACACUGAAGGAAACUUCUGGUGGUGGAGUAGGAAUGGGCCCUGGAGCAGCAGGAAAGCAUCUAACAGAACAGGAAGUAUAUAGUCAGGUGGCGAAGCUAUUCGAAAAUCAAAGCGAUUUGCUAGCUGAAUUCGGCCAGUUUCUUCCAGAUGCCACCAGUCAUAUCAAUCAGGCUCCUGUUUCAGACCACGUCAAUUCCGUGAAGAAAGCCACUACCAAGCCAUACCACAGGGAUAUGAUGGAAAGGCACAGCAUUAGCCAUAAACCAAGUCACGUGUCGGGUGGUGCCGUUAAAAGGUCCCCACCUUAUCCAGGAUACCAACAUCGUGAUGCCCCACCUCCAAAGAAGCACAAGAUCUCAUCAUCGUCUGGCCGCGACGUCAGUCUCAGUGACGCUGCCAAGUAUGGUACACUCAACGAUUUCGCGUUCUUCGAUAAGGUUCGCAAGGCCGUCCGAUCUCCAGAGGUUUACAAUAACUUCCUCAGGUGUCUAACGUUGUUCAAUCAGGAGAUCGUUUCCAAGAGCGAGCUAAUCCAAAUCGCAAAUCCAUUCCUAAGCAAGUUUCCGGAACUUCAACGCUGGUUUAGGGAGUUUUUGGGUCAAGGGACCGAGACUGAAGCGGUGCCGUAUAACGCCGUUACGCGGCAAGAAAGGCCGCAGGGAGAUCAUGCGUUAGAGAUUGACUUGACGACAGCCAAAAGACUAGGUGCCAGCUAUUGUAUCAUACCAAAGGCUCAAGAGGGAUUGAAGUGCUCCGGUAGGACGCAGCUAUGUAAAGAGGUACUCAACGAUCAAUGGGUGUCAUUUCCUACAUGGUCUGAAGACAGCACGUUUGUAUCGUCGCGAAAAACGCAAUAUGAAGAGUAUAUGUACAGAUGCGAAGAUGAGAGAUUUGAGUUGGACGUUGUCAUUGAAGUGAAUGCUUCAACCAUAAGAGUACUUGAAGGAGUUAACAAAAAGUUGCAGAGGAUGAAUCCCGAUGAAGUUGCUAAAUAUAGAUUGGAUGAUUGUUUGGGUGGUUUCUCCCCUACCUUGCACCAGCGUGCUCUAAAACGUAUUUACGGCGAUAAGGCGCCAGAUAUUAUUGAAGGACUGAAGCGGAACCCAGCGGUGGCGGUACCUGUCGUUUUGAGGCGGCUAAAGACUAAAGAGGAGGAAUGGCGGGAAGCUCAGAAAGGAUUUAACAAAAUAUGGCGUGAACAGAAUGAAAAGUACUAUUUGAAGAGUUUGGAUCAUCAAGGGAUCAACUUCAAGCAAACAGACGUCAAAGCGCUGCGCUCAAAAAGCCUUUUCAACGAGAUUGAGACCAUUUUUGAUGAGAGGCAUGAACAAAAUGAAGAAGGUGCAGAACCAGUUGUUGGUCCUCAUUUAGUCUUGCCAUACCGAGACCGAACAAUUUUGGAUGAUGCAGCCAAUCUUCUCAUUCAUCAUGUGAAGCGACAAACUGGUAUCCAAAAAGGAGAAAAGCGGCGGAUAAAACAUCUUCUCCUGCAGUUCCUACCAGAUCUGUUCUUCCACCCCAAACAGCAGCUGAGCGAUGAUGAGAGGGAAGAGGAUGAUGAAAAAGACGAAUGUGUAGAGAGUCCCAACAGUUCACCUUCAUCAGAAAAUGCAACGCCUGGAAUCAAAAUUAAAGGCAAUGCCAGUCCGGGAAAGUCGCCAGCAAGAGCUGAUGGCAGUGUGGAUGAUUUGAAGCAAGAAUUGGAGAUUAAGGAGGAAGAUGUUAAAAUUCCCUUGCACGCACAGACCAAUGAUCCCGAAGAGGCGUAUACGUUAUUCAUGGCUAGCAAUAACUGGUACCUGUUCCUACGGCUGCACGCGACCCUUUGCGAACGGUUGGCGAAAAUCUACGAACGAGCGGUCGCUAUGGCUGCCGAAGAAUCCAAGCAGCGUCAGACGCGCAAAGAAAGCACCGCUAUCGCGUUAAGGCUGAAACCGAAGCCUCAGAUUGAAGUGGAGGACUACUAUCCAGCCUUCCUUGACCUGGUGAAGAACCUGUUGGACGGCAACAUGGAGGCUAACGCAUACGAGGACACUCUGAGGGAGAUGUUCGGUAUACACGCGUACAUUGCAUUCACAUUGGACAAAGUGAUUUCUUAUGCUGUGAGGCAGUUGCAACACUGUGUAACAGAGAGGACUGCAAUUGCAUGUACAGAUCUGCUUCUCAAAGAACAAAAACGUGGCGUUGCUGGUGGUCCGUGUGUGACGGCUCAUAAAAGGGUGCACCUUGAGUUGGCGUACCAACGAGCCGCAGAAAAGGCUGUGCAAGAAGAAAAUUGUUUCAAGAUCUACAUUUAUAAGAACGACUGUCGGAUGACGAUAGAGUUGCUUGAUACAGAACCUGAAGAUUCGAAAAAGGUAGACGAAGCAAAAAAAUGGAGCAACUACAAGGAAAACUACACGAAUUGUGCAAAUGUAGAGAACAAACCUAAGUCCCCGGUUUAUUUGGAUAGGAAUCUGAGGUUGUACCAAAAACGAGUAGCUAGCCUGAACAGGGCGAAGAAAACUUCGACGUUGGUGAAGAACCACCAACAGCUGCAACAGUCGCAACCCGAUACAGAGACGAGCAGCAUGGAAGACGAAGAGAAGAAGAAGCAGAGCAGGCUACAGCAACCGGAGCAGAUCGAGAACAAAAACAACGGCAGGAGCGGUUCAAACAACGAGGACGACUUUUUCUUGGACGCGAUCGAGAGGAAGCUGGCUGAACGACCGCCCCCGGAAAGGAACCAAACAGAACAUCCGGGUUACGAUGUGAACGACGAUACGGAGUGCAAGUUCAACCCGCAAGACUCCAAGAUCAUGUUUACCAUUUCCAAGAAUAGUUAUUUGUACAAUAUAAGUGCCUUCCAUAGAGCUAAAAAGUCCCAUCCGACGGUGACAAAGCGCAAAGGCGCUCGUUUCAGAGCGUGGCUACGUCGUUGGGCCACCUCCCACGUGUCGGACGCCCAGCAGAAGCUGUGCACGGAUUGGUUGAUGGGUCGCGGCGAGGGCGUGGCUCCGAAUCGAACGCGAGUGGUGUCUGACAACGAUAUAUCACGGACGCCUUAUGUGCCGUACAACAGGUAUAAAGUGGAGCGAUUAGUUACGCCUGCUGGAGUUCCGGUGCCUAUUGCAGAAGAGGGGGCCGCCGCGUAAAGUGACAGUGGGCGGAAUACGGGAAGCGUUAGGUCGAAUGGUAAACAGGCUGAGCCUGCUUGUGCAGCGACGUGUAGCUGAUUGGAAACAGAGCUGACGCACGUAAGAGCAAGUAUGUCAGGUGGAGUGGAUCGGAUCGGUGGGAACCUGUAAUUUUAUAUUUUGACUAUAUUCAUUUAGUAUUAUUGAUUACAGAAAUUGAAAGUAUAAGCGAAUUUAACCUGUAUAUUCUUUCGUUUUUAUUCGCGUAAAGUGAUGAUUUUUUUUUAAUAUCCCAAUACCUAAAUUUGGUAAUAUUGCUGUUUGUAUUUUGCUGACGUUAGUAAACUUGAUUUUUUAUGUUGUAAUUUUUUUAUAGUAAAUCUAUACAUAAUGAACGUUUCUACUAAAAAUGCGCCGAAAUUUUUUAUUUAAUAUAUAUAUAUAUAUAUUUUAGCAACACAAAGUAUCAAAAUCCAAUCUUAUGUUUUUUGGAUGUUCCAUGACAUGACUGAUUUAGAUAUUCUCUAGUGACAGUAUGUUAAUUUGAUGAUUAAGGUAUUUUUCUGGUGAGCAUAUGUUAAUCAGUGAUGACAUGUUGUAACGCUUCCUUUCCGCAAAAAGUCCAGAAAAGAUGGAAUGCAAUGAAGAUUCCAACUUUUCUGCACAAUCACAGAAAGGGGGUUACCAUUAGCUUCCGGUAGCUCAGUCGGUGGCAUGAAGACAUCUACAGGCGUGUGGCUAUAUGUCGACCAUGGCAUGGCUAGAGGAUAGAAGAACAAACAGAACACAAAAAUUUAACAGAUUUUAUUUAACAAAAAAGCAUUUUCAUUACAUUUGAAAUUUUAAAGAACAAAAUAAGUUUUAAAUCUUUGGCGCUGCUAUAAAACUUAUCUUUCGCUGGUCCAUUUUGACUGGACUGAAGCGAGGAUGGCCAGGUGCUUGAAGUGGAGGUCCCAGUUAUGAGGGGUGACCUCACAUUUAGUGGCUUCAGAACUAGAUGUAGGCGAAGUUGAACUUAAAGGCGAUGGCGCUGCCAAGGCACAUGCAUGGGUGAAGUGAUAGGCCAAGCAAUGCAAAGACAAAGGGAAAGGGGGUGGCCCCAAUCAUUUUGUCCUAUUCGGACACACAUUCUACAAAAUUCUAGCACAUGGCGCUAUAUGACCUCAUGCUACAGAGAACAAAAUUCUUGGCUCUUGCUAGAUCGGCGGCUCAAGUGAAAAGGAAACGCGAGGAAGAUCGCAGAUCAGGAACUCCGCAUCAAGCGCUCCAAGCGGAAAAUUUUCCAAGUAAAAAAGCUAGAGAUGGGAUUAAUGAUUUGGGAUUCUGAAAUGAUAAUCGAGAACUGAUUUAAUAAAUACAAUCGGACGGUGAAACCGUUACACUUCUUUUUUUUUUCUGAAUUGUUAGUAAAAAUAAUAUAGAUUUUGAUCAUGAAAUGCAUGUUGUAUCGUGUAUUUAUGUUUGGGUAAUAUACUAUAUGUGUAAAAUUGGCACUGUUUGUUUCAUACUUCACUAGUCUCAUCAUUGAUAGAUUUUUCUAUUCUCCUUCUCUCUAUUAUCCUCUGUAAUUGUUCUAUUUUGUCUGCUUUUUUCUCUCUCUUCAUAAUGUCUCUAACGUGCAAAAUUUAUGACGUAUUUUGGAUUCUGUCUUUGUGAGUAAAUUAGGAUACCACUCAGUAUGACGCCCUAAUAUAUAAUGUACUAAUGCAAAGAUUAUUAGUAUCAGGAUACUUAAUGCAAUACCCAGUCCAUAUAAGAUUUUGUUCUUUCUGCAUAUAUCUAUGAAUAGAUCAUGAUAACAAAGUGUGCAAUCACUGCAUUUAUUUAUAGGACUAAGUCUUUUUUCAACACAUUCAUUUCCUUCACAUAUUAUAGUUAAAAGUCCAUACCACCUACCGGGAAUAUCUGAUGUGGUAGGAUAGGAUUUAGUUAUAUUAGAGAAGCUAGAAGAUAUCGUGCAGGCUGCAGGUGGUAUUAUCCUUACUAUACCUCCGUUGACAGUAACUAACGGACAUGUAAUUGAAAUCCCUCCUUGUAUUUUUUUUAUAAGCGUGAAUAUUGAGGUAAUUGCAAAGGUGUUUAAAAGACACAUUUUGGCCCAGGUGGCUCUUUUGAUCCUUGGAUUGCUUGGGUUUUCACCUGAUUUAUACUUAUAUCUCGUUGCGAUGUAUGCCUUUGAGGGUCUUGUGCUAUCCACAGUUUCUUUAAUUGAAAGUGUUUUCUUCAUAUGCAUUUUAUUUUCUUCUUGAGACUUAUCUAUAUGCUUUCCGCCUAGUUGCAAAUCUGUGCGUAUUGAUAAACUCUUGAAACCUCUGGCGUAUAAGUAAAACUCACUUUUGAUAUAGUAAUUUAUGUCUCAGUUCAAUUCAAUCAGUUCAAUUUGAUUUGAAGUAAUUGUCAAUUCCUUCUUGAGAUUUUUCAUAUAUGCUUUCAGCCUUUGUGCACAUUUGUGCGUAUUGCUAAGUCUUGAGCUUGGUUGCGACAUUGCUUUCAUGCUUCGCUAUAGAUUUUGAAGUAUCUGGUGAUUUUGCUUUUGCAUUAUUGCAUUUGUUCUGAUAGUCUGCUCUCAUAGUUUUUUUCCGAAUUCUUAUUUCUUUCAAUUUCUGUCUUGACUUGAAGUAAUCGCCAAUCCUUAUAGAUUCAGUAUAGUAAUUCUCUUUUCAUACUUUACACUGGUAAAUUAUUAUAGUUCUAAUUUCUUUCUAAUCUUGUAAUAUUUCAUAUUUGAACUUAACUUUCAUUUUACAAUGAUAUGGUUAUUCUCAGUGUAGACUUUGAAGUGCGCUGAUGAUAUCAGUGAUCUACAUGAGAAUAUUCCAUAGACUAUAGACAUUCUUGAAAGUUGUCUUUCUCUCAUAUUUUUGCUUUAAAUCGAAUUCUUACCUAUCAUAUUUAUUUCUAUUUCUUUUUCACUAGAUUGUUUUUUUAUAACUCCAAUUUUGCACCUACAUAUAUCGUAGACUUUUGCAUACAAUUUUUGCUUGCGGCAUUACUCUCAUGUAUCAUGAUUUAUUAAAAUAUCUUGUGAUUUUCGUUUCGCUAUUUUGCAUUUUACAUAUGCUCACUUCGUUUCUCAAUUAUUACUCAUGAAACUCUUAAUAUUUUGCUUCGUUUUUUUUUGAGAAUUCUUUAUAAAAUCAUGCUCACAUAGCUUUGAUAUUUCCUUUCACUUUAUGAUUUUAAUACUAUUAGAUUUACAGUUGCACUUGUGUUGCACUUAGUUUUUUUUUUGGUCUG